CGUAAUUUCCGGGAAAGUGAACCCGCGAAGUCGUGGCAGGGAAGGCCCAAAGUAGAAACGUCGCCGACCGACCAUCUUGAAUUCCAUCAAAGAACAAACAAACGAAGCCUUGAAACGACAACAACAUCAACGCAAACCUAUAGCGAUCUUCUCCUCCUCAUCAUCAUCGACGAGGAGCAGCUGCCAUGGAUUGGGGCAACGUCACCACCGAGGAUCUCAUCGACGCCCUUCGCGAAGUCGAUUGGUCUUCUCCCCCGCGCCCUGUGUCUGAGUUCUUCUCCAGGUUCACCUUUCCCAGAUCUUAUUCUAAAUGGAACAGCCGCCUCAAAUGCAAUCUCUACUAUUAUCGGACAAAUUACUUCAUCAUGAUUAUAUUUGUUCUUGGAAUUGCAUUUGUGACGAAACCACUUGCGAUUGUCGCCGCCCUCUUAACUGGCUUAAGCAUUGCAUUCCUGAAUGACAGCUUUGCUGUUACUUUCAAUGAGAAAGUUACAAGGACUGUGAGACAAUUUUCACCACAUCUAGCUGCUAAGCUGAGGCCUCCGAUAACGCCUGUUCUUCGUGGGAGACCGUCUACCAAAAGAGCAAUUCAUAUAUGUGGACAGCCUCGAUGGGUGUUUGUAUUGGCUUUUUCAGCAGCUAGUUGCUUCCUGUGGUUUACCUCCUGUCGCCUCCUUACUGUACUUUGGGCACUCCUCAUUGGCAUUCUUGCACCAAUUCUCCAUGCAAGCUUUAGAACACCUAAUCUGAAGGCACGCUUGAACACAUUCCGUGAGGAGUUCCGUGCUGUAUGGCGCAAUUAUAGUGAGCUGUAACUUUGCGAUGAAGAUAUAAAUUGAAGGUUGUGUUAGCUUGGUGCAUUUGCCUGACAUUCUAUUUGCAUUUAUCAAAUAGUCCGGCAGCUCCCGUGUGGUUGGGAACCAAAGAGCAGGCAGGUUAUUCAUCAGCAUGGUCUAGUCGAUGGUGGAUGGUUGCGGAUUCAUGGUGCUGAGGUUCUACUACUUCUUUACUCUUUGGUCAUUAAUCUGUAAUUAUUAUGAUGCGGAUGUAUCUUAUACCAACCAUCAUGUAGAUAAUGAACCCUUAUAUAUAUUUCUGCAACUCUUUAUUACUGUUCAUGUCAUAGGUUAUUCUGUCAGGAUAACCUUUAUUAUUACCAUUAA